AUGGACCGGCCCACGGACCAGCCCAUGGGCCGGCCCACGGACCAGCCCAUGGGCCGGCCCACGGACCAGCCCAUGGGCCGGCCCACGGACCAGCCCAUGGGCCGGCCCACGGACCAGCCCAUGGGCCGGCCCACGGACCAGCCCAUGGGCCGGCCCACGGACCAGCCCAUGGACCGGCCCACGGACCAGCCCAUGGGCCGGCCCACGGACCAGCCCAUGGGCCGGCCCACGGACCAGCCCACGGGCCGGCCCACGGACCAGCCCAUGGGCCGGCCCACGGACCAGCCCAUGGGCCGGCCCACGGACCAGCCCACGGGCCGGCCCACGGACCAGCCCAUGGGCCGGCCCACGGACCAGCCCACGGGCCGGCCCACGGACCAGCCCAUGGGCCGGCCCACGCCCCACGCCGCCUGA